AUGUUGUUUAACGGGUUACCUAAUACAAAUGUUAGUGUCAACAGGAGUUCAAAAGUUGUGCCCAUUACUGUGAAACCGACACAAAGGAAUAAUUAUGUUCCUUCAAAAAGUGUGUCAGCGAUACAAACUAUAAAAUACCAAGUAUGUACCGCGCUAGUAUUUGGAAUAAACAGAUUGUACUUGUUCAAACCCAACACAUUUGUUCUACUUCUGAGUUAUGUGUACACAAUUUUCUUGCCUAUCUUGGUCUGGGAUAUUAUGUUUAAUGCUGACGAUUUAUCUGCUACAUACUUUGUCUUCAAAUAUACGUGUUGUAUUGAAUACGUUUUGCUUAUCAGCAUUUCUGUUUUCACCAGUCGGAGCAAAUUAGUGAAUCUUCUGCGUGACCUUGAUAAGUUUGAUUCGUUGUUGAAUAUCAGAAAAGACUUGAAAGUCAUUGAUUCUGGGUACAUCAGUGUCUUCUGGUUUUGCGGUUGUUUUAUUUAUAGUUUGUGUGAAUACAUUUGCUGCUACUUCUACUUGACAGUCUUCAUCGAUAGGUCUGUUUACUGCCUCUACGUGAUGAUGUUGGCUCACGACUGUGAACAGAUUCUCUUCUUCGUUCUACUGAGAACGAUUUAUACAAGACUCCGAGUUAUUAAAGCUCAUGUUCUGAAGGUGUUUUCUGCUGAGAACAGAACGAAUAAUUUUAGACGGAAGUUGGAUAAAGUUGAAGCGCUGUCGAACAAUGCACAGCUUGAUAUUAGUUCUUUGCACCGGGUCUACGAUUUGCUUCACAAGUGUGCGGAACAACUCAACUCUAUUAUGAGUUUGUCGAUGAUGAUAAUAUUAUUGACUGCGGGUUUGUCUACGACGAUGCUGUUGAAAAUGAUGGUCAAAGUUAUACAGACGGUCACUGUGAGCAAUAGCUUUGGAAAAAGUACGAUAAUAUACCUGUUGGGCCGUGGUAUGAAGUACACAGGACUGGUGGUGGUUCCUUGCUACUACUCCAGAGUGACGUCAUCACAAGUUGCUGCCAUCCGGACGUGUCUGCACGACGCUGUUAAUUCGCAUCCUUUAGAUAAAAUCGAGCGGCGUAAAGUGAAAGCCUUCUUUCAGCUGACUCGGGAGAAUGAAUUCACUUACGCCCUGGGAGGGGUGAUUAGGCUCAAUAUGUCUUUGCCUCUGAGCUACAUGAGCUUAUGUACCACCUACUUGGUUAUUUCGAUACAGUUCUCCAAGUUUUUCGACUGA